GACUUUCUGCCGAGUAUAGAGGAACAGAGCAAGGCAGAAGAGACCCAGAGGAUAAGGCGGGUCUGCCUUGCCCCUACCAGAGGAACCAAAACCCAAGCCGAAGUCCGGAACGGAGAGAAAAAGAGAAGAGAGCCCGCGAUGACGUCUGCCGCCGCCGCCAGCAGCACUGGCGGGCUCCACCUCGUACUCCCCGCGGCCCACAGGCGGCCGCCUCCGCUUCCUAGUCUUGCAACCAGCUCCGCUAGAGGACGAGGAGGAGGAAAGCUCCGAGCGGCCGCAGAAGCGGCGCCAGGAGACGUCGUCGUCGCCACCGCCGCCGCCGCCGGCGGCGCGCUGCUGGGCCGGCCCCUGGAGGACGUGUACAAGGUGCGCGUGGAGCGCGGCGCGGCGGCGCGGGCGCGCGCGGAGGCGCUGCGCGUGAUGGAGACGUGGUCGUCGUGGCGCACGGGCGGGCGGUGCCGGAUGCCGUGGGACUGGCAGGUGGACCAGCUCGUGUACAUCGUGUCCGGCGAGGUCAAGGUCAUCCCCGCCGGCGCCGUCCACGGCGACGACUACAUGCACUUCGUCGCCGGGGACCUCGUCCGGUACCCGCGCUGGUUCGAGGCCGACCUCUACUUCGACGGCCCCUACGAGGAGCGCUACCGCUUCCUCGCCUACGGAGACGACAACUAGCCCAUUAUCAUCAGCUUAUCCUGUACUCGUAUCACCUCUUGUUUCAGCUUUACUAGUAGUCUAGUUUUUAGGCUUAUUGUUAGGUUUAGGUACCCUAUCGGUUGGAGAAACAUAUGCAGUUAACUGAUCCUAUGCAUUCGUAUUUGUGUCAUUGUGUGACAGAAGAGAAUAUGAGUAUGAAUCAAACAGAAAAAUUAAACCUAUCCUUCCAA